AUGAACAAACUUCGCAAUUUGUCCGUGCCCCUUUUGUACUCGAGGGGGCGUACUCCUCCCAUUAAAACCAACAAUUCCCUAUCACUUCUUAGGUUAACUGUUGCUCCAAAAAGAUUUUCGACCGAGGAUGCAACUAUAGUAUCUACCGACAAAUCAACUGAUGCCUUGGAACAGACGACUAACCGAAGUCUUCCCUGGUCAAAAUCUCAACGAACAAGAAAAGAUGCCCUGGUUGGACCUCGUUUCGAACAAACUGAUCUGGAAGCCCAGGCAUCAGUUCAACUGACCCUUCUCUAUAUUCAUACAACAGCCAAAACCUCUGGCGGCAAUAGAGUUAAUUGCCGAAGAACCAAUACAUUACGUGGAAGGUCGAACUGCCGUGUGUCACGGAGGAGGGGGAGCGCUAGGUCAUCCACAAAUAUACAUAAAUUUGGUGAAUUGUAUUUGCAUUAA